AUGGACUACACACACAAUGACUAUACCGUAGCAUGGGUCUGUGCCUUGCCUUUGGAAAUGACGGCGGCAAAGACAAUGCUGGACAAGGUCCACCCUUCCCUGCCACAGCCAGAAGCAGACCAUAAUACAUAUAUACUCGGAAAUAUUGCCAGCCAUAAUGUGGUAGUGGCGUGUCUACCAUCAGGUAUUUACGGAACCACCUCUGCGGCAACCGUGCUGGCUUAUAUGCUAUCAACAUUUCGUUCCCUGCGAUUCGGGUUGAUGGUAGGGGUUGGAGGCGGGGUUCCCAAUGAGACCGCGGAUAUCGCCUUGGGGAUGUGGCUGUCAACACUUCGUGAUGGACGCUUACAUCGAACUGGGUCACUCAAUAAGCCUCCACAAUGUCUCUUGACUGCCGUAUCUCAUAUACGCAGCGACUUUAUGAUGAGAGACUCAAUAAUUAGAAAGAAUAUAAUAGAAGUACUUGGGAAGCAGCAAAAAGCCAAUAAGCAAUUCUCAAAACCAAAUCAUGACUGUCUAUUUGACCCGAGCUAUGACCAUGUGGACAACGGCAAAAUUGCUGACCGUUCAUUAUGUGAUCAGUCCCAGCAGGUACUUCGUACAGAACGAGAUGCUGAUGAACCGGGUAUUCAUUAUGGGCUGAUUGCAAGCGGGAAUCAGGUUAUCAAGGAUGCUAAGACACGGGAUUCCAUUGCUCACGGGUUAAAUAUACUCUGUUUUGAAAUGGAGGCAGCCGGAUUAAUGGAUCAGUUACCAUGUCUGAUCAUUCGCGGAGUCUGUGAUUAUUGUGACUCACAUAAGAAUAAGGAAUGGCAAGGGUACGUAGCUCUUACUGCUACUGUAUACACAGCCGCUCUACUGGCUGUUGUUCCUAGCGUCAACGAUAAGGCUCAACAAGAACAGAAGACUGAAUUCACUGCCGAAGAUACAGCAUGCUUGCAGAACCUGUUUAAUACGGACCCAGCAGAUGACAAAAGUGCACUCCGACGGAGAAAAGGGGAGCGUGCUCCUGGGACCUGCAACUGGAUAUUAGAAACUGAUGAGCUGAAGAACUGGCUCAGACCUCAUGAAGGUUCCGAGGAAGGGUCAAAUGUACUUUGGCUAUACGGUAACCCAGGAACAGGAAAGUCAACGAUGGCCAUCACGCUCACAGAAGAGCUCCCCCAGAAGGCGUACUUUGCCGGCAGAGACGUCUUCCUUGCAUAUUUCUUCUGUGACUCGAGCUCAGAGGUUCACCGUACAGCACUAUCUAUAUUACGGGGAUUCCUGUAUCAAUUGAUUAAGGAACAUCCCAAAUUAAUAGAGUAUCUACUUCCGAAAUACAGCAGCCAGAAAGAAAACGUGUUCAGAUCAUUUGAUGCAUUGUGGAGUGUAUUUAUGAGGAUGAGUAAAGAUCCUGAUAUUAAGGGGGUAUACGGCAUCAUUGAUGCCUUAGAUGAAUGUGAUUAUGCCCCAAAGCAGUGA